CCCGUAAACAUAUAAAUUGGAACGACCAAACAAGGACGGGAGUGGAUUACAAACUUUUUAAUUACACGACAAUAGUCAUGGCGAGAGUGUGACUGGUGCAGAGAGUGAGUGUGUGAUUGUGUGUGUGUGAGAGAGAGAGAGACGCCAUGAAUAUUCUUCGAAGAGCUUCAUCAAGCUCCCCAAUUGUUAUCGCAUCCAUGAAAAGACCAUUCAACACCCUCAGAAUCUCCGCUGAACUCCCCGGCAAUCCUUCUCCUACCCUUGCUCAUGGUAUUCACGUCUUCCAUUGCCCUGAUCAAGUAGGAAUUGUGGCAAAACUAUCCGAGUGUAUUGCAUCAAGGGGUGGCAACAUAUUGGUAGCUGAUAUUUUUGUGCCCCAGAACAAAAAUGUCUUUUACUCCAGAAGUGAAUUUGUGUUCGACCCAAUUAAAUGGCAGCGGAAGCAAAUGAACAAUGACUUCCUUGACCUAUCAAAGAUGUUCAAUGCAGUGAAAUCUCUUGUCCGUGUGCCUUCUGUAGACCCUAAAUAUAAAAUUGCUGUUCUUGCCUCUAAGCAGGACCACUGUCUUGUUGAUCUACUGCAUGCAUGGCAAGAUGGAAAACUUCCAGUUCAUAUAAGAUCUGUAAUCAGUAAUCAUGAUAGGGUUCCCAACACCCAUGUGAUACGCUUCCUUGAAAGACAUGACAUUCCAUAUCACUAUCUGUCAAAGUCAAAAGAAAAGAAUAUAGAAGAUGAGAUACUGGACUUGGUUCAAGAUACAGAUUUUUUAGUCCUUGCUAGAUACAUGCAGGUGCUAUCUGGAACUUUUUUGAAAAGAUAUGGGAAGGAUGUAAUUAACAUUCAUCAUGGCUUAUUGCCAUCGUUCAAGGGAGGGAAUCCAUCUAGGCAGGCUUUUGAAGCUGGUGUGAAAUUGAUUGGUGCUACAAGCCACUUUGUCACUGAAGAGCUUGAUGGAGGGCCAAUCAUUGAACAGAUGGUUGAGAGAGUUUCGCACAAGGAUAAUCUGCUGAGUUUUAUACAGAAAUCUGAGAAUCUUGAAAAACAAUGCCUUUUGAAGGCAAUAAAAUCAUAUUGUGAGUUGCGUGUUCUACCUUAUGAAGAGAACAGGACUGUUGUAUUUUGAGGGCAAUGCAGGAUGGAAAAAUCUACUUGACUAAGUUAAUAGGGUCUUCAAAUUAUUUAGAGCGGUUUGUGGCUAUUCCAGAAACCCAUCAGCUCAUCUUUCUUAGGGUUGUGCAAAAGGACCCUUCUUAGCAAAUGGUACAAGGCUCUAUGGUGAUGCAACUUGUUUUGAUUGCUUCUAAUAUGGCCAGAAAAUUUGGUGAAUUCUAUUGCUCUCUUGUGGAUGUUCUUCCCUACCCAGGUGAAAGUGUUGUAAUUAUUAUGAUUUAAGUUGUUCCCAAGUGGCGUAAGAGUCAAGCCCCUGCACCUCACACUUUGCACGAGUCCAUAUGCAUUUUGAAUUAUGCUUCUAGUUAUUGGAAUAAAUUCAUUGCUUGAGUUC